GUCUGCACGCGCCGCCUCGACUGUAAACAGAGUGCUGGUGACUGUUAAGAAGACCGCCUGACAGUUAACAGUUAGGAAACGGUGUGCAGCUAAGCAGUUCCAGUCAACGGUUUUCUGGAAAUGGUUUUGUUUUCUUUGCAGCUUUUUAGAGAACGGUUAAAUAUAAAAGAAUGAUACUAGGAGAUUUACUAGUUUUUGUUUAAGAAAAAAAAAAUUCAACACAGGAUAGACGCCUGCUUCAUCUGGAGUGCUUGCAUCUGUGUGGCGGGCAAAGCGGCGGGAGGCAGCGGACACCCAACGACAUGGAAGCAGAUCCCUUCGUGUCUCCAAUGCUGCAUUUGGAUCUGUACAAUUUUGAGUCGACGGAAGCGGAGGGCAGCCGCUACGUCCUCACGAGCCCCCGCUCCCUUGAGGCCUGCGCCCGCCACGGUGUCAGGCCCGUCGAACUUCUGCACAAGCCGCUGUCGGAGUUCGUGGAGGAGAACCCGGACACUCCACUGCGGGUCAUCACUGAACUCUACGAGGUACACGAAAAGGGGCGGCGGCGAAAACUACGCGAGUGCCGUGAGGAGAGAUUGAGAAUCAUCGCGGAGGCAAAAGACAGGAGGGCUCCAGAUUCUGUCGCGGUGUGCUCUUUGAGCCAGGUCAAGACCUCCGACGGGUCGGGAGCCACCAAAAAGCAGACCCCUAAUGGCGAUUGGCCUGUAAGUGUCGGUAAGACCAUCAGUCAGAGAAGAGACACUGCAGAUCAUUUAGAAAUGAACGGUGCAGUCGGAUACAAAGAAAAAAAGAUUUCCAAAACUGAUGGAAAAGGUAUUGAUUUUCAAGUUUAUACAGGCAAGAGUUACAGUCUGGGUGAUUUGACCCAUUCAUUGGAAACUGAAAGAACGAUGGAGAAACUAUUGAGGGAAGUCAGGAAAGACACCAGUGUAUCUGUCCCAGAGAGGGAUCGCAAAAUUGCUGCUCUGAUGUUGGCCAAACACGAGGAGGAAAAGUCUCGUCAACAGCUAAGACGCACGGCUGAGCAGGCAUGGGAGGAAGGCAAGAAGAAGGAAAAGCUUCAGAAGAUGAGGCUGGAAAAGCAGAGGAGGCAACAGCUUGGCCACAAUAUGGAGAAGUGGCAACGAGAUCUCGACUUUCGCAAAAGCAGGAUUAAGCAGGAAGAGGAGUAUCUGAUUCAGAUGCGAAAACGAGAGGUUGAGAUUCAAGAAGAAAAGUGGAGGAAGCUGGCUGAAGAGCAGGAGUCCAGGCGACUUGGCAAACUCGAACUGACCCGGUAUGAAGCAGAAUGUAAAAAACGCAACCAAGAGGAGAUGUUGAAAGAGAAAGACCGAUUGGAGCAGCAGACCAGAGAGAUGCAGAGCGUAGUGGCACAGGAAAAAAUGUUUCUUGCCUCCCAGAGUAAACUAUUAAGGGAAAUGCGACAGAGAAAGAAACUGCAACAAGAAAAUGAGCAUCAUAAACUGAAACACCAGCUUCUCAAAAGGGAAGUUGACAAUCAAAUGAAAGCAGAGGAGCUUCUCUUGAAGAUGGCCUUGGAGAAGAAGCUGCUUAAAUCCCAAAAGAAUUACAAACGACUGGUGGCAGAAAAGGAGAAAAUGGUCCAAGAAAAGGCCAUCCGCGAGGAGAAGCAAACCAUUUUGGCCAAGAUCCGAGCGGAGAAACUCGAGGACGAACAGAGAAAGCACAAGACCAGUCUUGCUCUUGAGAAAGACAAAAAGAUUCAGCAAGCACUUGACUCUGUAGAUGAAAAGGUGCGCCAGAAAGCCAUGAAUGCCAGAAAAGUCAACCAAGAGAAGGAGCGGUCUCACCACCUUUUGAAACAGAAGCUGGAAGAGGAGGAGGAACUGCACCGGCUAGAGGUGAAAGGGGUCAUUGAAAAGAAGGAUAAAAAGAGUGAACAGAUCCUGCGAGAGAAAGAGGCCACCAUAGAAGAGUCCCGCAAAGUGGCCAGAGCCUCGUUCCAAAUGAGGGAGAAGGUAAGGGAGCAGAUUAACAGUCGCUCCUUUGACCAGAUGGCUUUGGAGGCCCAGCUGCGUGCAAGUCUCACUAGAACAAAACUGUGAAACAUCAGCAAGCUGUCAGCUGACAGCCAUCCUGAACCAAGCUUCAAAUAGAAAUCCUUUGAAAGCUCAAUCCUAUAUAUAGGAUCUUUAAAGAGGCCAACAGUGAGAGAAAAACAAAACUGUGUUUGCCAUCAGUUUACUGGCUGUGUGUAUUUGCUUAAUAAUGUUUACUAAAAAUCAGUGACUUCUGCAUUCCUUGACACCUUGUAAUUACUUGACCAAAAACCUCCAUUGCUAUUUCAGUGUUUUCUACUUCGUAUUUGAUGAUGUUUUUGUAAGGAAUGCAAAGAGUGCAACGGACAUGUUUUGUCUACUGGUUGAUUUCAAACCAGUCUGUAUAAAUUCAGACACCUUGACAUUGCAGCUGUGAUACAUGGGAGACGUCAGAUUUCAGUAAUCAUGCAUUGUGUUCAGACUAUUGGUAGCGACACUCAACGGUGUGUUAAUUUUCUUUUUCUUUAGGAUGAUCUGGAUUUUGUAAUGCACAGACCUGUAGUGUUGCCUUCAGUUCAUAUUUACAGCUUUGUCAUGAUUGGUAUCAGUACAUGUAUAAGGUAGUUGAUAUUUCCUUUUAAAAGCAAGGCUUUGAUGAAACAUUAAACCACAAUGUGCAAGAUUAGUAAUAGUAGACAUCAAACGUGUUAAGGCUUGAGUGCAUUUGCCCCUUCAUAAGAAAUUAUGUAUAUGUAUGCGGUCACAACCUACUGAUGUUUGAUGUCUCUAGGACACAAAUUAUGGUUUCCAUUAUAGGCAGAAUUCUACAAUAAACUGCAAUAACAAGCAAAAUCAUGUGCACAGUACAAAGGCUAUCUCAUCCAUUACUCUGACUUUGGCUGUCAGUAGCUCUUGGUGCCCCUGACAUGUUUGAUGAAAUAAUCUGAGAUCUCCAAACCAUUAGACUCCUGAACCUCUCCAAGCCUACUUAUUGUAACACAUUUCACAAACUCUGUGUGUUCUGUCACAAGUAUUCAAAGACGAAUAUUAAAGGGGAAACGGAGGCUGUUAAACUGCUUCAUUCUAAAGCUUUUUCUUCUUUCAUGUGGGGACACAAUAUUGGACCAGUGGACCAGCCUCCUCCACUCUCAUCUGUUGUACACUCGCCUGA